AUGAGUCUGCCAGGCCGUGUCACCUGCUCCAUGCUCAACUGCUUUGGUGAGGAAGGCCCACCCAGUUUGGAGUAUAUCCAGGCCAAGGACUUGUUCCCCCCGAAAGAGCUUGUGAAAGAGGAAGAGUCACUGCAGGUCCCAUUCAGUGUGUUGCAAGGCGAGGGGGUGGAGUAUCUUGGCCACGCAAGCGAUGCUGUGAUUGCCAUCUCCAACUACCGGCUGCAUAUCAAGUUCAAGGAUUCUGUGAUCAAUGUGCCUUUGAGGAUGAUGGAAAGUGUGGAGUGUCGGGAUAUGUUCCAGCUUCACAUCAUCUGCAAGGACUCCAAAGUGAUCAGGUGCCAUUUUUCCACCUUUAAGCAGUGCCAGGAAUGGCUAAAGAGGCUGACUCGAGCCAUUGCCCGACCUGCUAAGCCUGAGGACCUCUUUGCAUUUGCCUACCACGCGUGGUGCUUGGGAGUCUGUGUUGAUGAAGAGGAUCAACAUGCACAUCUCUGCCGUCCAGGAGACCAUGUGAAAUACCGGUUUGAGAUGGAGCUGCUGAGGAUGGGCUUUGACUUGCAGAAUGUCUGGCGCGUCUCUGACAUCAACAACAAUUACAAGCUUUGUUCCAGUUAUCCCCAGAAGCUGCUGGUCCCCGUCUGGAUCACCGAUAAGGAGCUAGAGAACGUGGCUUCAUUUAGAUCAUGGAAAAGGAUCCCUGUGGUGGUGUACAGACACGUGCGCAACGGGGCGGUGAUUGCGCGCUGCAGCCAGCCAGAGAUCAGCUGGUGGGGCUGGCGAAACGCGGACGAUGAGUAUCUUGUGACAUCUAUUGCCAAAGCCUGCGCUCUGAACCCCGGGGGGAGGGCACCUGCUGGGGCGCCCCACGCUGGGAGCAGCGACAGCAGCGAGGCCUGCGAUGCCGACUUUGACUCGUCCCUGACUGCAUGUUCAGGUGUGGAGAACGCAGGAACUCCUCAGAAGCUGCUGAUUCUUGACGCUCGGUCCUACACUGCGGCGGUGGCCAACAGAGCCAAGGGAGGCGGCUGCGAAUGUGAAGAGUAUUACCCAAACUGUGAAGUUGUCUUCAUGGGCAUGGCCAACAUCCACUCUAUCCGGAACAGCUUCCAGUAUCUGCGUGCUGUCUGCAGCCAGGUGCCAGACCCCAGCAAUUGGCUUUCAGCCCUGGAGAGUACCAAGUGGCUGCAGCACCUUUCUGUCAUGCUGAAGGCAGCAGUGCUGGUCUCCAGUGCAGUUGACAGAGACGGGCGUCCCGUGCUGGUUCAUUGCUCAGAUGGCUGGGACAGGACUCCACAGAUUGUAGCCCUGGCAAAGAUUCUUCUGGACCCUUACUACAGGACCAUGGAGGGCUUCCAGGUGCUUGUUGAAUCAGAUUGGCUGGAUUUUGGUCACAAGUUUGGUGAUCGCUGUGGUCACCAGGAGAAGGCUGAAGAUCAGAACGAGCAGUGCCCAGUUUUUCUGCAGUGGCUGGAUGCUGUUCAUCAGCUUCUGAAGCAAUUUCCUUGCCUCUUUGAAUUUAACGAAGCUUUUUUGGUGAAGCUGGUGCAGCACACGUAUUCCUGCCUCUACGGGACCUUCCUUGGCAACAGCCCCUGCGAGCGAGAGAUGCACAACAUCUACAAGCGGACCUGCUCCGUGUGGUCCCUCCUGCGGGCUGGCAACAAGAACUUCCACAAUCUUCUCUAUAUGCCAGGGUCUGAGCAGGUGCUGCACCCAGUGUGCCAUGUGCGAGCACUGCACGUGUGGGCAGCUGUGUAUCUCCCAGCUUCCUCACCACAUCCUCUGGGACAGGAUGACAUGGACAUUUACCCACCCCAUACAUCUCAGAGUCAGGAGUUCAGUGGCAGAUGUUUGGACAGAUUACCAAAGACAAGAUCUAUGGAUGACCUGCUCUCAGCCUGUGACUCCAGCAGCCCACUGACCCGCACAUCCAGUGACCCCAACCUGAAUAACCACUGUCAGGAGGUCCGGGUGGGCCUGGAAGCUUGGCACACCACCCCUGAGGGCACUGAGGUGCACUUGGGUGAAGGCAGUGUGGUGGUUGCAGGAGAGACGUGGCAGGUGGAGGAGCAGGAGGCAGAUGCUCCCCUGCAAGCCAGCAGUGCUUGUCCCAGACCUGCUGAGCACAGCAAGCAACCGAGCAACUGGGCUUCUGUGCCAGCAUGCAGUGUGUCCAUGGAGGCAGAAAAGGGAAGUAGAACAUACACAGAGGAGCUGGGUGGCACGUGUCCAGCUCCAAAUGCCUCCGGACAGGAAAAUGUUGACAGAGUUUCCACUAGUUCUGGAAAGGAAUUAGAAACCUGUCCCCAGGAACCUUUGAAGACUGCUGGUGUGGUAAGCAAUGGAGGAGGCUGCCCCAAGAGAAACACCACCUGCCAUGAUAUUCCCCGCCAGGAGUCCCUGGCACCAAGUGCCCCUUGUCAGGACAUCCCAGGCCAUUCCCCAGGCAUCCCCUCCUCAGAUGAAGACACCAGUAAAGGUGAAGUGGGGAGUGUUUCCUGCAAAGAGCCAGGCCGGCCGGGCAGAGCCCCACUGGAGCAACAGUGCAAACCCAUUUCCCAGAGCCAAAGCAGUGAGUUCUCCUUCCUGGGCUCCAACUGGGAUAGUUUUCAAGGAAUGGUGACAUCACUCCCCAGUGGGGACCCUGCAGCCAGACACCUCCUCUCCUACGGCUGCUGUAGCAAGAGGUUGAGCAGCAAAUCUCUACGGGCACCAGGCCUGUGCCUCAGUGGACAAUGUUCUGCCAGGGAAGCUGCAAAGGGCUCUGCCUGCCCUGGCCAGGCGGGCGCACACCCCGCGGGCCCCGCGGGGAAGCCCGGCUGCCCCUGGCUGCCCUGCCAGCUGAAGCAAGCAGCUGCUCCCCCCAAGCAUGUGCUACCAAAAUGUCCUUCCCCUGUGCCUCCUCUCUACCUGGACGAUGACGGGCUCCCCUUCCCCACGGAUGUGGUUCAGCUCAGGCUGCGGCAGAUCGAGGCCGGUUACAAGCAGGAGGUGGAGCAGCUGCGCCGGCAGGUGCGGGAGCUGCAGCUGCGCCUGGACAUCCGCCACUUCUGUGCCCCGCCGGCCGAGCCCCCCAUGGACUACGAGGAUGACUUUACAUGUUUGAAGGAAUCGGACAGCAGCGACACUGAGGAUUUCUGUUCUGAUCAUAGUGAAGACUGCUUGUCAGAAGCGAGCUGGGAGCCUGUAGAUAAGAAGGAAACUGAGGUCACACGGUGGGUUCCAGACCACAUGGCUUCGCACUGUUUUAACUGUGACUGUGAAUUCUGGCUGGCCAAACGGAGGCAUCACUGCAGGAACUGUGGGAACGUGUUUUGUGCUGGCUGCUGCCAUCUGAAGUUGCCUAUCCCUGAUCAGCAGCUGUAUGACCCUGUCCUCGUUUGUAACUUCUGUUAUGACCACAUCCAAGUGUCUCGUGCCAGGGAGCUCAUGAGCCAGCAUCUGAAGAAGCCCAUUGCCACAGCUUCCAGCUGAAUGCCAGACAAGGGACCUGUCUAAGCCCAGCCUUUUCUCUCAUGGGUUUGAACAGUGACGCUGCCUCCAGUGUCAUUGUGAAGGCCAUUGGUGCAACACUUGAACACCAAGCUUGAAUGCACUGUCUUCAGCAGUCUUACUGUCAGUCUGGAGCAGAGGAGCUGAGAUUGGAGAGUUUGGUGUGUUCCCCCUGCUCUGGUACUGGCAGGCCCAUACAUUGUAGUCUGACAACCUAGGGCUAAAGAGGGGGUUACAACCUCUUUUGUGGGCUGGAAAGCAACAUUUUUGCAGAUACUGCCUGUGCAAAGGACCCCCAAAGCAAUAGAAAGGCAUGUUUAGAACCAACCCCCCUACAAAGGCAGGCUGCUCUAGAAGGAAGAGGGCAGCUCCAGGUGGUAUCAUGUGCUCUGGAAGGGCCUCAGCCUGGAGCAAUUCUGU